AUGAAUGGAGCGGUCGAGGCAGCAAAUAAGAACAUCAAGAAGAUCUUAAGGAAGAUAACAGACAGUCACAGGCAGUGGCAUGAAAAGUUGUCGCAUGCUUUGCUUGGUUACCGUACCACGGCUAGAACAUCCACAGGAGCAACUCCUUAUAUGUUGGUCUAUGGUUCCGAAGCUGUGAUACCCGCAGAAGUAGAGAUACCUUCUCUAAGGAUUAUCCAAGAUGUUGGUUUGGACGAUGCAGAAUGGAUACGUAGUAGACACGAACAGUUGAUGCUCAUUGAUGAGAAAAGGAUGGACGCGGACGAAGCAAAAGAGAAGUUCGCACCGAAUUGGAAAGGUCCAUACGUGGUUCAUCGAGUGCUUUCAAGAGGAGCAUUGAUUUUGGCAGAAAUGGAUGGUAAAGUGAGCACGAAGCCCAUCAACUCAGACUCGGUCAAGAAGUACUACAUCUGA